AUGGCCUUGAACACGAGUAUUGAGCUCCAGAGGGUUGAGAGCGCUCGCAAGGCCCUACAGAAGGAUAAGACCCUCACCAAUCGCCAAUCUUCUUCCAUAACCAAGGCCAUCGAGCUUCUCAACGAAUCCAAGAAAGGCGGACGGAUAGACCGACACCACUCGCGCAGCCUCCUCCUCGAUAUCUACAAUCGUUUUGGCAUCGAUGUGCUGCUCUUGUGCAGCAUCUCGCUGUCCAUCACGAAGCUGGCCGAGAUGAAAAGAAACGCCGCCCGAUUCUUCUGCGAGCUAGGAGCGUGGAUGAUUUCUGCUGAGUUUACCCCAGAGGUUCACGACCUGGCAACAAGGCUGUUGGCCCCGGUGCUGUCAGACAUUGAGGCCAAGAAAACAAAGGACAAAGAAGCCCUAGAACCUAACCAUACUCUCAAUGAUGGGAAAGGCAAACGGAAGCUGUCCGUCGAGAAGAAGUCGACACCCGUCAAACGUACGAAAGUUAGUCCCAGCGAACAGCCUGUGAACGACAUCCCGGGCCGCAUGGAAUGGAGAGUACAACAGCCCACACCCAAUGAGGGGAGUGUAGAUGCAAACGGCGGCGCCAGGACCGAAUGCGAUGACUUGGUUAAGGAGGAGUCCCAGUCUCCCCCGGCCUCACACUCCAAAGGCAUAUAUGCUCCUACGCCAGAGGAUGAGGAUGGAAUAGUCCCGCUGUAUGCGACCGUGGUGGAUGCGACGCCCAUGGAUAUUAUAAUGACGGUCGUUCUCCAGGGGGAACCCACGGCCUGGUUGACCAUACCAGACGACGAACGGUCAACGACAUCUUUCAUCACAGUCCAGUUGCCAAGGCGACUAGCUCUCUACUUCAAGGCCAUCAGAGGUGAACGUAAAUGGUCAUGA